AUGGCUAAACGGGAGUCGGUCGAAGGCGUGCUUGGAGGCUUAACCAUUGCGCUUGAGCACGAGAGCUAUGCUCCGGGAGAGGUCGUUACAGGAAGUGUGCAGCUCUCGACGUUGGAGCUUGUGCAGGCAAGAGAGCCGUUAGCAGUGAUUGUCCAGGGACGCGAAGAGGUCGCAUGGGACGAAGGAGGCUACAGUCCCGUCACGAACGCCUUCGACAGGAUUUUUCUACAGCACAAGAUCGAACUGACCUCUUCAACGCUCUACAAUGCCAGUGAAUCAGAAUACCGUUUCAACUGCCAGCUGUCAGCGGAUUUACCCUCCAGUUUUGAGCUGAUCGAUGUUUAUAGCGGAACUGCUGAGCGUCUGCGAGUCCGGAUCAAGUAUCUAGUGACUGUUUGGCUCAGAGCCGACAGCGAAUCGGUGGCGUACUUGAAUGCUGAGCAAGAGUUUACGGUGCACGCAUCGCCGACGAUCACUCCGCCAGUACAGUCUCUUGAGAUUUCUGCGGUGGAAGCUGUGCACUGGCUAUGCUGUCUCAAUCGUGGCAAUCUGCAGAUGACGGUCGAGAUUCCAAAAGAUGUUUACCCCGCCGGCGAAGCGAUUCCGCUCUUAUGUCGAGUGGAUGGCUCUGCGUGUAAAGCCUCCAUCAAGUCCAUCACGGUGGAGCUGGUUGAAGAUAUUUUGCUUCGGAAUUUGGGUGAACGCGCCGACUGGACUGUCACGCGCAUACUUUCAUCGCAGCAGGUCGAAGGACCAGGUGCCGCCGGUCAAUCAGCGGAGCAGACGCUGAGCGUUGGGCUGAUUAAGAACGAAAAGGAGGCUCCUGUAAACCCAGACGAGGCUACACAUUUCUUUCGGUGUACUCAUCGCCUGGUCGUUCGGUGCAAAAUAGUUAUGGCGCAAAAUAUCGUUGUUGAAGUGCCAGUACGGGUACUACAUCACGAUACGUCGUUCAAUGCACGAGCGGUUCGGUUGCUGAGAAUGCCAGCUGAAGCAACGUCGGGAAGCAAAAGCCCAUAA